AUGGAACCAACCUCUGGCAGAAUAAUGGACAUCGAGGCAAACAAAGCACGACGGGAACUUUAUAGUUGCUUCCAGCGCUACUUGAUCAAACCCUUCCGGGACCCUCCCCACAGAACUCCCAAGCCACCGACGCGAGCGGAGAGAGAGUACCUGGUGGAAGACAAGCGUAAAAAACUGACCGGAUUUCACCCUAGGGCCGAGCAGAGGUUCGCCGUCCACCCAGACGUGACCGAGGAGUUCUUGCGUCGGAAGAACGCCUUGUUGAAGCACCACUGCCCCUCCAUCAGCUCCCGAGGCUGGCUGACUCUGGGAAGACUCGAUCCCAUCUUCCCGCCCAGGUCGGAACGCGUGUACAACAGCAACGUCUGGAGGUACUAUGUCUCCCAGUCGGCGGGACAUCACGCCAACAGAGACCACGAGCGCUUCCCCAACCUGAUCGCCUCUCUCUACCCAAUAACCAUCCCAACCCCCUCGUCAAUGAGGGGCAAUACCUGGCUGCGAUUUGUAUCCUGCGGCAACCUGUACAUUGACAUACGGGGGAAGAAAAAGGCAAUCGGACUGUUGGAGAAGGAGCUGGCUGAUGACAAGAAACUAACGAUAAAGAGCGAAAGCAGAAUGCCCCCAAUAGACAUCUUUGGGAAUAUCAUUCCCCCGGAAAACCAGCAUGGGUACGUGGCCGGGACUCCAGUUUGCUGUCGUUAUCUAACGGACAUCGGGAAACAAUCCACAACAUUGGAUCUUAUUUAG